AUGUCUGGCCGGUCGGCGCUCGCAUCGGUGGCUGCUUCUUGGUGUCGCUGUGGCGAUGAUGGUAUACUGGCAGCCUGAUCACGCAGGUGACUCUCAGCCACUGGCGGCGGUGCCGGGAUCUUCCAGCCGUCUUGCAGCAGCUGGCGCUGCAGCUGCCGUGGGCCUCGCUGCCGCUCAAGGGGCUUCGACGCAGUCCAAGGCGGCGGAGGAUGGUAGUACUCUGGUCACCUCUGUGCUGAACCUGGCAAAGAACAUCAUCGGGGCCGGCAUGCUCUCGCUGCCUGUGGCCCUCCGAGGUGCCGGCCUAGCGCCUUACGUGGUGGGCAUCACACUGGCCGGAGCGCUCAAUGCCUACACCUUCUUCCUGCUGGGCUGGUGCUGCGAGGUGACCGGUGCCAGCACUUUCGGCGAGCUCUGGGCGAAGUGCUUUGGGCAACAAAAUGCCUGGAUCGCCGAUGUUUCAGUCCUGAUGAACAACAGCAUGGCCUGCCUUGCGUACUGCGUCUUGAUGGGAGACUUCUUCUCCAAGGCCUUGGCAGGAUUGCUUCCAGACAGCCCGCUGCUUCAUGGUCGUGGUGUCGACCUGUGCAUCAUUGGCCUCUGCCUGUUGGUGCCCCUGUCCUUGAUGAAGGACCUCGCUCCGUUGAGAUAUGCAUCCAUCGCAGGCCUUGCAGCCACGGCCUACGUCUUUCUGAUGCUCUUGAAGGACUCCGUCAGCUCCGCGCGAUGGGGUGCGGAUGGACCGCUGGCGAGCAACGUGUCGCCCAUGCGCCUCGACUUCUUCGAGGCCUUGGCGCUUUUUGGCUCGGCCUUCAUGGCCCACUACAAUGCGCCGAAGUUCUACGCUCAACUGCAGGAGAAGUCAGUGCCGAAAUUCGCCCUUCUGGUGUGCAUGGCGUACGGCUUGGCUCUCGUUGUCUUCGUCGCCUUCGGAAUGUGCGGCUUCGCCUUGUUCGGCUACGACUCGGAGGGCAACAUCUUGAAGAACUAUGGCUUCGGUCCGGAAGUGAUGCUGGCCUGGCUCAGCAUGGGCUUCUCCGUGGCCUUCACAUACCCGCUGGUCUUCAGCGGCUUUCGCGACUCCUGCGCCUCCCUGCUGAGUGGCUUUGGCAUUGCCGAAUCUAGCAGCUUCCGAUUGAGCUUCACCCUCGCGGCCUUGGCUGCCACGAUCUUGGGUGGAACGAUCUUCAGCAACGUGGCGCAGGUGAACGGCGUCAAAGGUGCCAUCCUCAGCCCUUGCCUGGCUUUCAUCUACCCGGCGGCCAUCCAUCUCAGGUCCACGGCGAAGGACAAGGAUGCUCCGGCUUCCCUGGUGGCGAUGCGGCGGGGGAGCUACGGCCCGCGGCCGAGCAGUGGGCAGAAGCUUGCCGGUCUCUGCUUCCGUGAGCUUGUUUCUGCUGCUCAUUGCACUUUCAAGCGGCGCCUCUCGUGA